AUGUGUUUGGUCAUCUAUUAUGUGUAUUUACUUUAGUCGAUGGAAUUUGGAACAAGCCGAGCACAUCAAGGGAAGAAAAAACAACUCCUUACAAAAUAUCUGAAAAGAAAAUAAUUCAAAAAGAAGUUGCAAAAAUGAAUAUUACAACAACUAGCAAAACACCUUUAGUCGGUGUUAUUCAUCCAACAAAUGCUACCAAUAGUGUAGCCAAUGAUAAAGUAGAGACUGGUCCCCUGAAUGGUGCAUUAGACAAUGCUGGGGUUGCACAUUCGCCUGAAGAAUUAGACAUGCCUGUCGAUUCAAAUGAACAAACAUACUGUUUAUGCAAACAAGUUUCUUAUGGUAAAAUGAUAGCCUGCGAUAACUCAUGUUGUCCAAUUGAAUGGUUCCAUUUUGGAUGUGUUAAAGUAACUACCGAGCCCAAAGGAAAAUGGUUCUGUCCGAAAUGUAAAACAAACAAAAUGAAAAAAUAACUCAUUUUAAAAAUGGAUAAGUUUUUAAUUUUAUACAUACA